UCAUGCUGCUGCCAGGUCCAGAGUGGUGUCAUGGGUCCCUGUACGGCCUCCCAUUGCUGCCUGACUCCAUCGCCACCACUCUGCCAUUGUGCCACUUUCAGGUCUUUUUCACACUUGCUGGUGGGUUUCCAUUUUGUUCAUAGGGCGUGCUAGCAGAUUACGGGCCUCCCAUUGCUGCUGCCUAGGCCUUUAAAUUCUGUCAUGGCGGCCCCUGUAGCCGCACUCCUCAUGCUGCUGCCAGGUCCAGAGUGUGUCAUGGGGUCCCUGUACGGCCGCCCUCCCAUUGCUGCUGUCUCACAUCGCCACACUCUGCCAUGUGCCACUUUCAGGUCUCCUCACACUGCUGGUGGGGUUCCAUUUUGU